AUGCAACAAUCCUACACUUUCCCCAAAGAUGGACUAUCACGCUUAAUUCUAACCAUCCUAGGUUCUGAAUGCAUCUUUGGUAUCUUUGCCAAUGGCUUCAUUGUGGCCAUCCAUGCAGCUAAGUGGAUUCUUUCCACCAGUGGCAGAAUCCUGCUCUUCCUGGAUGGAUCCAAAAUUGCUCUCCAGAGCUUUAUGAUGCUAGAAAUAACCUUCAGUUCAAUACUUCCACACUGUUAUAAUGAAGAUGUCAUAUAUGAAGCCUUCAAAGUAAGUUUCAUGGUGUUAAAUUAUUGUACCCUCUGGUUUGCCACCUGCCUGGGUUUCUUCUACUUUGUGAAGAUUGCUGACUUCACCUACCCUCUUUUCCUCAAGCUGAAGUGGAGAAUUUCAGCAUGGAUGCCCUAGAUUCUGUACCUGUCUGUGUUUAUUUCCUUGUGCUACAGUAGGCUCUUUGUUAAUGGCAUCUACCAUGUGUAAUUCAAUGAUUCUUUUCCUAUUCCCUCCUCCAACUCCACCAGGAAAAAUUACUUCACUAGGACUGAUGUAGUCAGCCUGGUUCUUCUCUUUACCUCAAGACUCUUCUUUCCCAUGACCCUGUUCAUCCUUGUAGCCUCACUGAUGAUCAUCUCUUUCAAGAGACACACCCUACACAUGGAGAGCAAAACCACAGGCUCCAGGGACCCCAGCAUGGAGGCCCACAGGGGGGCCAUCAAGGCCACCACUUACAUCCUCAUUCUUUAUGUGUUCAAUGCAACUGCUCUAUUGCUUCACAUGUCUAACAUCUUUGAUGUUGACAGUUUCUGGAAUGCUUCGUGCAAGAUCAUCAUGGCUACCUCCCUUACUAGCCACUCAGUGCUACUGAUUCUGGACAGCCCUGGGCUGAGAAGAGCCUGGGAGCAAUUUCAGCACCAGGUCAUCUUUACCUGA